GGUGAAUCCAUGGACCGUUAAGACGGUCUGCGGGUGACUCGGAGCCUCGCGGAUACUUCAGGAACAGUCAGGAGAAGUGAACUUGACUCGCAGAGCUCAUAUUUCCGAAAGUCCGUGGACGCAUCGGAAGGCAGUGAAGAUGGCGGACUGUAGACGUGUUCCUCUGCUCCUUCUGCUGUGCUCCUUCUUAUUUGUGCUUCAGACUCUAGCAGAAAACGACCCCAUUCCCAAAUUUAUUCCCAAAGGGGAAACGAAGGCGCAGGCAGCGGGGGCUUUGGGCGGCGCUGCGGCGAACCCCGCGGCCGUGGAGCGGAACCCCGGAGCCGCGGCCUCGCUGCCGCGUAGGCGCUCCGCCGGCUGGAAGCUGGCGGAGGAGGCGCUGUGCAGGGACGACCUGGUCCGACUGUGUCCCAAGCACACGUGGAACAACAACCUGGCGGUGCUGGAGUGUCUCCAGGACAGGAAAGAGGACACUGAAAUUGCUGCCGAGUGCAAUCAUCUUCUGUGGAACUACAAGCUGAACUUAACGACGGACCCCAAGUUUGAUUCUGUAGCCGUGGAGGUGUGCAAGACCACCAUCUCUGAGAUCAAAGAAUGUGCUGCGGAGGAGCUGGGAAAAGGCUACCUCGUGUCAUGUUUGGUGGAACAUCGGGGCAACAUCACUGACUACCAGUGUAACCAGUACAUCACCAAGAUGACCACCAUCAUCUUCAGUGACUACCGGCUAGUCUGCGGCUUCGUGGGCAAGUGUCGAGACGACAUCAACGCUCUGCACUGUGGCAGCAUCAGCACGGGAGAGAAGGACAUCCACUCGCAGGGCGAGGUUAUCGCCUGUCUGGAGAAGGGUUUGAUCCGGGAGGAUGAGGGCCAGCCCGGUGCUCACCACAUCAAGGACGACUGUAAGAAGGCCAUCAUGCGGGUCGCUGAGCUCUCCUCGGACGACUUCCACCUCGACCGCUACCUGUACUUCGCCUGCAGAGAGGACAGAGAGCGCUUCUGUGAAAACACGCUGGCUGGAGAGGGGCGCGUCUACAAAUGUCUCUUCAACCAUAAGUUUGAGGAAGCCAUGUCUGAGAGGUGCCGCGAGGCUCUGACCACCAGGCAGAAGCUGAUUGCACAAGACUACAAGGUGAGCUACUCGCUGGCCAAAGCCUGCAAGUCUGACCUGAGAAAGUUCCACUGCAACGUGGACACCAGCCUGCCGCGAGCCCGAGAGGCACGCCUCUCCUUCCUGCUGCUCUGUCUGGAGUCUGCGGUUCAUCGGGGUCGAGUAGUGAGUGGAGAGUGUCAGGGGGAGAUGAUGGACUACAGGCGGAUGCUGAUGGAGGACUUCUCCUUGAGCCCAGAGAUCGUACUCAACUGUCGCACUGAGAUCGAGACCCACUGCUCCGGUUUGCACCGCAAAGGCAGGACGUUGCACUGCCUGAUGAGGGUCGGCCGAGGAGACAUGGGCUCCAUCGAGCCUAACUGUCAGAAGGCGCUUCAGGUGCUGAUCCAGGAAGCUGACCCAGGUGCUGACUACCGGAUUGACCGGGCUCUGAAUGAGGCCUGUGAGUCCGUCAUCCAGACGGCCUGCAAACACAUCCGCAGUGGAGAUCCCAUGAUCCUGUCAUGUCUGAUGGAGCAUCUGUACACGGAGAAGAUGGUGGAGGACUGUGAGCAUCGGCUGCUGGAGCUGCAGUACUUCAUUGCCAGAGACUGGAAGCUGGACCCCAUCCUCUACAAGAAAUGUCAGGGCGAUGCGACCCGUCUCUGCCACACUCGUGGCUGGAACGACACCAGUGACAUCAUGCCGCCCGGCGCCAUAUUCUCCUGCCUGUAUCGCCACGCGUAUCGCUCAGUGGAGCAGGGCCGGCGGCUCAUCAGUGAGGCCCCGGGAACAGCACAGCUGGCUUUGACUCUGUCUCGGGACUGUAAGGUGGAGGUGCACAGGAUUCUCCACCAGAGGGCGCUGGACGUGAAGCUGGAUCCUGAGCUGCAGAGGCGUUGCAUGACAGACCUGGGGAAGUGGUGUAAUGACAGGACAGAGCCGGGGCAGGAGCUGGACUGCCUGCAGGACCACCUGGAGGAUCUGGCACUUGACUGCAGGGACGUGGUGGGGAACCUGACCGAGCUGGAGUCAGAGGACAUCCAGAUCGAGGCGCUGCUCAUGCGGGCGUGUGAGCCGGUCAUCCAGACAUACUGUCAUGAGGUCGCUGACAAUCAGAUCGACACGGGCGACCUGAUGGAGUGUCUGGUUCAGAACAAACACCAGAAGGAGAUGAAUGAGAAGUGUGCGGUGGGAGUCACGCACUUCCAGCUGAUUCAGAUCAAAGACUUCCGCUUCUCCUACAAGUUUAAGACCGCCUGCAAGGAGGACGUCCUCAAGCUGUGUCCCAACAUCAAGAAGAAGGUGGACGUGGUGAUCUGCCUCAGCACCACAGUGAGAAACGACACCCUGCAGGACGUCAAGGAGCACCGAGUCUCUGUCAAAUGUCGCAAACAGCUGCGGGUGGAGGAGGUGGAAAUGUCAGAGGACAUACGGCUGGACCCAGAACUCUACGACUCCUGCAGGCCCGACAUCACAAAGCUGUGUCAGAACGUGGCUCCAGGCAACGCACAGGUUAUUGAGUGUCUGAAGGACAAAAAGGAGAAGCUGACGCAGCGCUGCCACCAGAAGAUCUUCAAGCUCCAGGAGGUGGAGAUGGUGGAUCCUGAGCUGGACUAUCAGCUGAUGAGAGUUUGCAAACACAUGAUCAGGCGGUUCUGUACCGAGUCAGACGGCAAAAACGUCCUCCAGUGCCUGAAGCAGAACAAAAACAGCGAGACGAUGGAUCCCAAGUGCAAACAGAUGAUCACCAAGAGGCAGAUCACCCAGAACACGGACUACCGGUUGAACCCUGUUCUGAGGAAAGCCUGUAAAGCUGACAUCCCCAAGUUCUGUUCUUCUGUGCUGAACAAGGCGACGGCUGACACAGAGCUGGAGGGGCAGGUCAUCUCCUGCCUCAAGCUCAAGUACGCCGACCAGCGAUUGUCUCCUGAUUGCGAGGAUCAGAUCAGAGUAAUCCUGCAGGAAUCAGCACUGGACUACAGGCUGGACCCACAGCUGCAGAUCCACUGCUCAAGAGAGAUCUCCACUCUCUGUGCAGAGGAGGCUGCAGCGCAGGAGCAGACGGGUCAGGUAGAGGAGUGUCUCAAGAUCAACCUGCUCAAGAUCAAGCAAGAAGAAUGCAAGAAGGAAGUGCUGAACAUGCUGAAAGAGAGUAAGGCGGACAUUUUUGUUGAUCCCGUUCUUCACACAGCCUGCGCUCUUGACAUCAAGCACCACUGUGCCGCCAUCCCCCCCGGAAAAGGCCGACAUAUGUCCUGCCUAAUGGAGGCCCUGCAGGACAAACGCGUUCGUCUGCAGCCCGAGUGCAAGAAGAGACUUCAGGACCGCAUCGACAUGUGGAGCUUUGCUGCUAAGGUGGCUUCUGCUGAGGGCUUCUCCGAUCUGGCCAUGCAGGUGAUGACCUCUCCGUCCAAGAACUACAUCCUGACUGUGAUGGCCGCCUCUGUGGCGCUGCUCUUCCUCAUGGGGCUUUUCUGUGGGAGAAUCACUAAACGGGUCACUCAGGAGCUGAAGGACAGGUAGACCCCGCCCACUCUGAAGUCUGGACGUGCCCUCUGGAGACCCCCCCCUCCCUCUCUGAGCAGGCCGCCGGGUCAUCUGUGCUGCUUCGUUUGCCCUGCUCCAUCCCGUUUCUUUCCUCACUUUACUUUUCUAUAGAGGGGGGCUCCACAUGGAAUGACGUUGCCCACACCCCCCCACACACAAAAGUAAGUGGGUGUGGCCAGUGACUGUGCCGCAGUGCUCGUCCCCCUUUCUUCAGUGCGCCACACCCCUCGCCUCUGCUGGGGUUUUUUUUUGUCCCGAGUCGUCUUUGAUACUCAAGAUUUGCGCUCCUGACCUGCUUUCUCUGCUCGCCCCCCGCUUUGGUUUGGGGGUCUGAGGCAGGAGGUGAGGGGGGGUGUAAAUGUUUACCAGAAAAAGCAUUCGAUGUAAAUGUGUAGAAAGUUGGAUGGAAAAUGCUCGUGUCAGAGCAGACUUUUGACUGUUUUAAUGACGAGAAUGUGUGAGAGAAAUCAUCAGAGCCGAUUCUGCCCCGCCCCCUUUCUGCGUCUUUGCUAACUGUUUUUUUUUGGGGGGGGGGUUGAUCAAACUGCCCUCAUGUGUUUGAUUAUAAUGCCACUGGACUGCCAUGCGGGUGGAGCCAACCAGCCACCACAAGACUGAGGGGAGGGGAGGAGCAUCACAAAUGUUUGGCGCCGUUGCGCUGUAAGCUCCUCCUUCAGCGGGAGGGGCAUCAUCUGUGGUCAAUUCUUUGUUUUAAUUUCAAGCAGCUGAUGUGGCAACUUCAGCUCUUUCUCCAGUGCAGUCCAACACAACAACAGAGCAUCACAAACAACACUACUCCACACACAUCAACACAACAACCUCAGAGAAAAGCCACUCCUCUCUCUACGACAGGUGAGACUUUUGAUUCCAUCCUGCUGCCGCACUCCACCAUUCCACGGUGGGAUGGCGGCGGUACUCCUUCCAGAACUCGUCCCGACUCCAGCAUGGUUUUGGCUCAAGCCUGGACUCUGGUCUGAAGGCGGAGGAUUCCCCUCUGGAUCUGUGGCUGCGACUUGGAGGAGCAGACGUGGGUGUUGUGCUGGUUUGUUCAGAGAACUCUAAAGAAAUGCAGAAGUACAGUCCAUAUUCUUAAAGAUGUGAAGAUGAUACUGGAAUCAUUGCACAUUUUCUUCUUUUAUAUCUUUGAAUAUAUAUAUUGUUCUGUCGUAGCCUUAUUUAUUUGUAACUCAUAGUCCAUAGUUUUCUGUGAUCUGAAUGUUCUGCAGUUGCCUUUUCUUACGGUUAAAAAGGAGGAGCCUUCUCGGCCUCGGCUCCUCCCGCCUCAGACGUCACGGUUGACAAAUGAAGUGACUGUCUGAGCGGGACAGAGACUGCAGGUCCAGUCCGGUGGCGUGUGCGCUGGACUGCGGGGUGACGCCAUAAAGCCGACAGCGGGUCGCUCCUCCAUUCGGAUCUCUCUGGAGUGUCCUGCUCCCCCUGCUGGUGCAUUCACCCCCCCUCCCCAGCAUUUCCUGCUCUUGGUUCUUCAUCUGUUUAUCAAAGUGUGCCUAAUCACCGUCCUGCUGUACAGAACCUCCCAGAACCUGCAGAAGAGCAGCGUGUGUUGCCUCCAGGUGUCGCCCCCUGCUGGCGGCCGCUCAGCUUCACUUCGUCAUGAUUGGAAGGUUUCAUGUUUCGUCUGUGAUGAGGUCUUUUGUAAACCAGCUCCGUACCUAAAUGCAUUCAGCUCCCGACAGUCCCUCCUCCUCAGAUUUCGUCUGUUUUGUUGCUCUGUACAGAUGGAAAGUGAACAGUUUAAUAAUAAAGUCUGCAAGGUUUCUAA